ACUGUAGUUCAUUCUCCCACUUCCGUGUUCUUUGGUUCUUUCACUACUACCAUCAUCAACCAACCGGCCGACGCAAGAGAGCGAGAAUGUCUCACCAAACCGGCAUCCAAGCUACCGGGGAAGUGAAAGAAAUCUUUGCAAAGGCUCGGAAUGGAGAAUAUCGGCUCAUCAAAGUAGUGAUUGAAAAUGAGAAGUUAGUUCUUGGCGGAAGUAAACGGGCUGCCAAGAAAUGGGACCAGGAAUGGGACAGUUAUGUUCUUUCGCUCGUGGAGGACGAAAUGCCCUCGUACCUUCUCUACAGGUUGGAUUCCACCAACAACCAGGGCUACGAGUGGAUCUUUCUAGCCUGGUCUCCGGAUCACUCUCCAGUCCGACAAAAGAUGUUGUAUGCUGCUACGAGGGCCACGCUGAAAAAAGAGUUUGGUGGUGGCCACAUUAAAGAGGAGAUUUUUGGCACAGUGAAGGAUGAUAUCUCUCUAAACGGCUACAGGAAGUACCUCACCUCGCAGGCGGCGCCUCUGCCUUUGACUGCAGCAGAGGAGGAACUGAGGCAAAUCAAACUCAAUGAGUUGCAGACAGACGUCCAUGUUGACACAAAGCAGCAGACGCUUCAGGGAGUGGCGUUCCCUAUGCAGAGAGAAGCUAUUCAGGCUCUGGAGCAGUUCAGGGAGAAAAGGAUUAACUACGUUCAACUGGAAAUAGAUUUUCCUAAAGAAUCCAUCAAGUUGUUCAGCACGGCUCCUACGGAUCUGAAAGAUCUGCCUAAAAGGAUCCCAAAUGAUGCGGCUAGAUAUCAUUUUUUCCUUUACAAACACUCUCAUGAAGGAGACUACCUCGAGUCCACAGUGUUCAUUUACUCUAUGCCUGGUUAUAAAUGCAGCAUCAAAGAGAGAAUGCUGUAUUCAAGCUGCAAGAACCCUCUUAUAGACACAGUGGAGAAAAACUUGGGCAUUGAAAUUGCAAAAAAGCUGGAAAUUGAAAACGGUGACGAACUAACCAGUGAUUUCCUGUACGAAGAGGUCCAUCCCAAGCAGCAUGCGCACAAGCAAGCUUUUGCCAAACCCAAGGGGCCAACCGGAAAGAGGGGGGUCCGCCGAAUCACAAGGCCGCCGGGGGACGGUGGAGAUGACGAUUAAACCUCUUCCUAUUCCGAGAUUGACAGUGGCACAUUCCACUUAGUCUAAUGAAUCCCCGUCCUGAAGCAAAUUUCCAUUUUCCAUUGACUCAUCUAGACCACAGCCCUAUAGACUGAUCUAUGCACAAAGUAAAACACUAAGCCUGUGAAAAUACAUUUUGUAGCUUGCAAUAUGAUGCGCUAUGUCGAAGAACACGGAUUGAGGUACACGAGAAUGUAUUUUACGAAGCUUCACUUGCAUUCAAGGAUGCCGUCUGUGAUGUUCCUGGUAAAUAGUUUUAACACUAUUAUGCUGUUUACUUGCAUAUUAGCCAAGAUUAUGAUGUAGUGCAAUAUUGUUGAAAUAGAUACUCCAUUUAGUGCUUGUUUUCCAGAAAUAGAUAUUGAUUUUCUUGGAAAAUCCCUUUUUGAAGAAAAAUUAAGAAAAAAAAAAAAACACUAAGAGAUAGUUUCCCAUAAAUUAAUAUCUAAUCUAGUCCAGGUAUAGCACUUCAAUGGUAGCUUUCCAGUAAAACUAUAUUUUAGCUGAGUUAAUAUUUGUCCAGGAAAUUGGCUUUGGAGAUUAGGCAAGAUUUAUGCUUGGAAAACAAGCCCAGAAAGUUAAACAGUCCACGGCUGUGAAUCUUGCUCCAAGUGGUUGUCUGAUCAGGAAGGUCAGAAGUUCAGAUCUAUUGAAUGAGGCCAUAAGCAUUAUUUAUUAACUUUCCGAUGGAUUUGGUUGAAAUGAGCGUCCAAAUAAAUCACUUGACAAGCUCAUCAGUAUUUUGACAGCCACUGAACCUUGUAGCGAUAAGGUAGGGAUGAUUUCAAUGAAGGAUUUGCCAAGAAUAAUGUGCUGAAAAUGUUCCAAUACCUUUUUAAAUAUGUAUUAAUUCUUAAAAAUUGUUUUUUUAACGUAGGAUUGUUUAAUUAUAGAGAUAUGAUUAUAGUUGAAUCAGUCGUAACACAAAUCUGAAAAAGCCAUUAGCUAUUUUUCCUCUAGUGAAGACUAAACCUGCAAAGAAACUAUUUUUCUAAGCCUGUACAGCUGUUUGUCCAGAUGAUGUCGUUGUCUAACAUCUUGAUCUGAGUGUCCAUGGUUUCAGGGGUUUCUGGCCAUCCUGUGUGUCUGAAUGAAUGUUUACAUGUCAACUAAUGGUUAACCU